AUGCCGCGCGCUGAAGCUGGAAGCACGAAAGCGCUCAGUAACAAGCUGAAGGCCAAAGGUCUAGGUCGUCUGCGAUGGUACUGCCAAGCUUGCGAGCGACAAAUGCGCGAUGAAAACGGUUUCAAAUGUCACGUCCAAAGCGAAAGUCACGUCCGACAAGUUCUGCUUAUCGGCGAGGAUCCGAAACGAUACAUUGAGGAUUUCAGCAGGCAGUUUAUCAAGAAUUUCCUGGAUCUGCUGCGGACUACCCACGGAGAGAAGAAGGUGCACAUCAAUCAGUUUUAUCAGCAGGUUAUCGCUGAUAAAGAGCACAUUCAUAUGAACGCGACGAAAUGGAAGAGUCUUACCCAGUUUGCAGCGCACCUCGGACGUGAGGGGCUGUGCCAUGUUGAGGAGACGGAGAAGGGCCUGUUUGUUUCGUAUAUUGAUCGGAGUCCAGAAGCGAUGCGGCGGAGAGAGGCGAUCAUGAAGAAGGAACGGCAGGAUCGAGGAGACGAGGAGCGGGAGCAGCGGUUAAUACAGGAGCAAGUGGAGCGGGCGAGAGCAAAGGAAAAGGAGGAGGAGAUUGGUCCGGAGGCGAGGAAUCUGCAGCGUAAGGAAGGUGAGAAGGUCAAGUUAAAUAUUGGAUUCGGUGCGAAAGCCACGCCGCCAGCAUCGACCGAGCAGUCGAGAACACAGUCUCCCGAUGAGAAAGAGAAGGACAAGGAUAAGGAAUCCUCCUCUGCAACGCCCGAAUCAUCAGCCACUGCCUCUCCCGCACCAUCUCAAAACCCUCAGGCCGCACCGAAAGUGUCUAUGUCGCUAGGUGGUGGAAAUAGCAAACCCAAAAACGUGUUUGCAUCCGCGGCGAAGAAGAACCCGCUGGCUGGGAAAAAAGCUACUGUCGUGGCCCCUCCGAAGAAGAUGUCUGAACAGGAGCGGAUCAUGAAACAGGAGAUGGAGGCCAUGGAGCGGAAGCGCUUGGGAGGAGGCGGAAUGCCAAAUUCUAAGCGGCCUAAAGUGUCAUGA